GGUAAGACAUAGGCACCCAUGGUUUGGCUUAUGUUUUACACAGAAAACAGAGAGAGAGAGACGCAGAAUCUCCCUUAUUUCUCUCUUGCAACCAGAGCAUGCACAUCAUAAACCAUGCGUUUUAUUACGCUUUUGUCCCUUCCGUCUUUCUUAAUUCACAUGUCACUGCCCUUCUUAGUCGUCUGCCGCAACAACAACAACGUUUCUGAGUUGGCCUUGUCGUGUCCAUGGCUGUGUCCAACGGCGUCGAAGCUGUGUUAGAGUUUCUAAGGAAGAAUGGAUUGUCGGAAGCUGAGUCCGCUCUCCGAGAAGACAUCAUCGAGAACACCGACCUCGGAACCUUUGACUACGAGAAGUUCUUCUUCCCCAUGGUCCCGCCGCCGCCGCCGGUCAGAGUCCGAUCUUUCUCCCGGCCGUCGGAGCUCUCCGCCGCCGGCAACUGCUCCAUAUCCAGCUCCGAUGAGUUCGUCAGCAUCGGUGGUUCUCCCACUUCUCGUGUUUCUUCUUCAGAAUUCAUAAAUCCAUAUGGAAUCCAUUCCUCGUCUCAGACUCAGAAUGACUCUGAAUCUUCUUCGUCUGAAAGAUUAUCUCAAUUUGGCACUGCACGUGAUUAUCACGAUUUUGAUAUGCAGAAUGAACCGUAUUGGUAUAAUGAAAAAGAUGAUGACUAUUUCAUGACUCCUAGUUUUGAAGGGCCGGACUUCUUUGCGUGUCAAAGUGAAGAUAAGUUUGUCAUGACAGCAGAAAAGGAUAAUCAACAUGACAAUUCUCGGGACCUUGAUUACAAUCAUAAAGAAUUUCAAUCAGAGGAAAAUAGUAAUGGUGGUUUCAUGGACAAGGCAUGCCUUUAUAAUAGUAAUCCUUCCUCUGUGGAAGAUGGAACUGUGACAUAUUCAAAAGGGUAUUGUCAUGUUGAUAACAACAACCAGUUUGAAGGAGAAUUAGAGGGCAAGGUUGAGAAACAAACUGUUGCCUGUAGUUGUGAAGUUCCAUUUUGCAAAAGCAGUCCAGGUUCAGGAGGUUCUUGCAGUUUGGAUCCUACAAACUUCGGCUACCCUAAUUUGAAGGAAAUCCAUCUGAAUGGUUUUCCUUUGAAGGUUGUUGGGGACAUUAACUCUUUUGACUCUACUUCAGAGCUAACUGUGAAUCAAAGUUUCGAUUACUACACUAAAAAUGACAGCAGUAAGGAGUACAAUGGUCCCUAUGACUUAACUAUCAAAGUUACUGAAAAAGAUCUACCAAAUGGACUUGACACCUAUAAAGCACGAGAUGGUGGAGAAUUAGCUGAAGAGUGCCUGGAUCCAGAGAUUACUGCAGAUGGAGAGGAUACUACUGAUGAUGAGCUCUUAAAGUAUACUCAAGAGGAAGAAUAUGAAGUAUUUGAUCUGAGAAUUAUACAUAGAAAGAACAGGACUGGAUUUGAAGAAAACAAGGAACUGCCCAUUGUGCUAAAUACAGUCUUGGCUGGAAGGUAUUAUGUAACAGAAUAUCUUGGGUCAGCUGCCUUCAGUAGGGUUGUUCAGGCACAUGAUCUUCAGACAGGAAUAGAUUUUUGCUUAAAGAUUAUUAAAAAUGAUAAAGACUUUUUUGAUCAAAGCUUAGAUGAAAUCAAGCUUCUGAAACUUGUCAAUAAGCAUGACCCAGCAGAUAAACACCACAUUUUGCGCCUUUAUGACUAUUUCUACCAUCAGGAGCAUUUAUUCAUUGUAACUGAACUUCUGCGAGCAAACUUGUACGAAUUUCAGAAAUUCAACCAAGAAUCUGGAGGGGAAGCAUAUUUUACAUUGAACAGAUUGCAGCUCAUUACUCGCCAAUGUUUGGAAGCAUUGCAAUACUUACAUAGCUUGGGAAUUGUUCACUGUGACCUGAAGCCAGAAAACAUUCUAAUCAAAAGUUACAGAAGAUGUGAGAUAAAGGUUAUUGAUCUUGGAAGCAGUUGCUUCCAAACAGACAAUCUGUGUCUAUAUGUACAAUCCCGGUCCUAUAGAGCUCCUGAAGUGAUGUUAGGCCUUCAAUAUGAUGAAAAGAUUGAUCUAUGGUCUCUAGGCUGUAUCUUGGCAGAGCUAUGCUCCGGUGAAGUGCUGUUUCCAAAUGAUGCAGUUGUGAUGAUUCUGGCACGCAUGAUUGGAAUGCUUGGCUCUAUUGAUAUGGAGAUGUUGGUGAAAGGGCAAGAAACGCACAAGUACUUCACCAAAGAAUAUGAUAUUUAUUAUGUAAAUGAGGAGACUGAUCAACUGGAGUACAUAAUUCCAGAAGAGUCAUCAUUGGAGCAGCACCUACAGGUCACUGAUACUAUGUUUAUCGACUUCGUCAGAUACUUACUUAGCAUCAACCCGAAAAGAAGGCCUAGUGCGAGACAAGCACUAAGGCAUCCAUGGCUUUCCUAUGUUUACUAGUCCUUUCUAUUGGAAUUAUCCUCAUCAUUCGCGGUCUCUUCUGCUUAUUUUCCACAUAUAGCAAAGCUUGCAAUCACAAUUUUGGUUUGUUUACAAGCUGCACCAAGUGAAUUCACUGUCUCAUGCUGUAUAUUUUUUAUGCCUGCUGAUUUAUAGUUUGUUUUUUGUUGUACAGAAUUUCUUCCCAUUCUUUUUUUUUUUGCCUUCCAUGAAUUGGGAGGUUAUCAGAAUAACAUUUUCAUGUCACCCCAUUUGGUUCUAACAUCAUGUCUCAUAAUACAGGGGUUCCAUGAAUUCACUGGAUUUGGAUUAAUAUAGUUUCAUUACAAAAACAAAUGGAACUUUCUAAGUGAUCGGUGCUGCUAAUUCA